AUGGGGAAAAGCAAAGAUGACUUGAGUGCUAUUUCAUCACCUGCAAGAUCCUUUGCGGGAGGCUCCCCCAGGGCUAGCAUGAGCCAAAGACCAAGGGGCCCUUUGGAAGCUCUGAUGCUAAGGAACGCUGGAGACAGUGAAGCCAUCACUACAUUUGGGACAGCAGAACAGGAUUCUCCUAAUUCCCCUGAGACACCAAAUCUCCCACACAUUAGAACACGGGUUUCUUCCAAUGAUUCUCUAAAUACAGUGGCAGCAUCGUUCCAAUUGAUGUCUAAAUCAGUUGAAGGAGCACUAGAUGAGAAAUAUCCUGCAUAUAAAGACCGGCAUAAGCUGGCAUUAGAGAGAGAGAAGCAAAUUAAGGAAAAAGCUGAGCAAGCCAGAGCAGUAAGGUUUGGUGGCAGUUCAAAUUCCGCUCCAGAGAGAGGGAAAACAGUAACUUUGCCCCCAAAACUAGCUCAAGUGAAGGAGAGAGUCGUUGUCUCUGGUAAUUCAACUGAGCAACCCAAUGAUGGCCAGAUGACUGAUUCUCAAAUGGUCAGCAAAAUGAAGCUUGCCCAUGUUGAGAAGAGGCCUCCCAGGGUCCCUAGACCUCCUCCUAAAGCAUCGGGAAGUGCACCUGCUGGUACAAACACACAUCCUUCUAGCAGGGUACCAGGCACUCCACCUCUGCCACCUCCUCCGCCAGGUGCUCCACCUCCACCACCACUACCUGGUGGACCACCUCGCCCACCUCCUCCUCCAGGAAGCUUAUCGAGAAUGGCAGGGAGUGGUGAUAAAGUUCACCGGGCUCCUGAACUAGUUGAAUUCUACCAAUCUUUGAUGAAGCGUGAAGCGAAGAAAGAUACAUCAUCUUUGGUUUCUUCAACUUCCAACACAGCAGAUGUGAGGAGCAACAUGAUUGGAGAGAUAGAGAAUAGAUCAUCAUUCCUCUUAGCUGUGAAAGCUGAUGUGGAAACUCAAGGUGAUUUUGUCCAGUCAUUAGCAACUGAAGUCCGGGCAGCUUCUUUUACCAACAUAGAAGAUUUGUUGUCAUUCGUAAACUGGCUUGAUGAGGAACUUUCCUUCUUGGUUGAUGAGCGAGCAGUCCUCAAGCACUUCGAUUGGCCAGAAGGGAAAGCAGAUGCAUUAAGAGAGGCUGCCUUUGAAUAUCAGGACUUGAUGAAGCUGGAGAAGCAAGUAACCUCUUUCGUUGAUGAUCCCAAUCUCCCAUGUGAAGCUGCUUUAAAGAAAAUGUACAAGUUGCUUGAAAAAGUGGAACAGAGUGUGUAUGCACUAUUGCGUACUCGGGAUAUGGCAGUUUCACGAUAUAGAGAAUUUGGCAUUCCCGUUGAUUGGUUGGAAGAUUCAGGAGUUGUUGGCAAGAUCAAGCUCUCCUCCGUACAGUUGGCGCGAAAAUACAUGAAACGUGUCGCAUCAGAACUUGAUGCGCUAAGUGGGCCUGAGAAGGAACCAAACAGAGAAUUUUUGGUCCUCCAAGGCGUGCGUUUUGCUUUCCGAGUUCAUCAGUUUGCGGGAGGCUUUGAUGCAGAGAGCAUGAAGGCUUUUGAAGAACUGAGGAGUCGUAUCCAUGCACAGACAGGCGAAGGCAAUAAGAUGGAAGCAUGA